AUGCCUGCUGCACACAAGUCGUUCAUGGCUGGUGUCAAGUACGUAACAGGCACAACAAAACUUCGCAAAUUGCGUGGUUCGGAACAUGAAGAAUACCUCUGGACCAUCUUGCUGUGUUUCAUCUACCUCGCCUACACUUCCCAACCCGACACAGCGAGCCCUGGACUCAUCGGCAGAUGGAUGCAAUCACUAGUCGACGAAUAUGGUGAGCCCGAACUCACAGCCGGAGAUCCUGACGAAGAGACCGACGAAGAAGCAGCCGAGUACCUCGACCGCGUCAAGAAAGCUGCUAUGUUCUUGCCUGGAUCCCCAUGGACAAAUGCAGCGUGGACAGCAGACUUUGUCUUGGACUUUGGAAUGAGGAUAUCGAAAUCGCAGGGUACUUAUAUGGAUAUUGGUGAUGAAGAAAUUGGAGAAGAUCUGAGAUACGUUGUGUAUCUGCAUGUUUGA